GCCCCGCCCGGCGCCUGAUUGGCCCGGCCGGGGAAGGAGAGGCGCCGGGCUGUGCACCGCCGGGCAGGCAGAGGGAGGCGCGCCGCCCGCCAGGAGCCUGAGGUCUGGUUCGCCCCCGUCUCGACUGACGAAGCGGGCUGCCCGCUCCCAGGUAGGGCUCUGCCCCGGGGAGGGAGCCCAGCGGCCGGGACCUGCUGAUGCCCCCCCCCCCCCCACGCCCGUGGCCGCGAGUUCCUCCCCCGGAGCUGAUCUCUGCAGCGAGCCCGGGGAUCCUUUGCUGUUCCGAGAGACCUCCAGCCCCCGCCCAGAGGUUGGCAACCCCACUUGCAGUGGAGCUGGGACUGAAAGACAGCGGCUGGUCCAGGAGCUGGAAUGGGACCCCCCCCCCCGCAGACCCCGCCCAACUAGGGAACUCCGGGGCGCGCUGCUGCUGCUGCUGCUGCUGCUGGCCUUCUGCGGAUGCAAAGCAAGUGAGGAGAAUCCUGGGCCUGGAGUCUUUGGAGAGGUGGUGCUCUCUGGCACUGGGUCCAAACCCAACCGGGCCAAGUUCUGCAGAAGAGGGGGAGGGCUGUGGCACCUUGUGGCAGGGCCCCUGCUUGGCCUGCAGAAGGGGCCAAGAUCAGUCCCCAGCAUCUCCAGUUGGUGAUGUGGACGACCUCUUCCCCAUGAUCUUAGAGAGCCGCUGCUGGUCUGGGUAGAUGAGACUGACCUUGACAGGCAGAUGGUCCGAUCCUCUGUGAGGCAGACUCAAGACCUGCUUGGCUUCCAAGGAGACCUCAGGCCGGAGGGCGGAUGGAUCUUUCUUCUUGUGCAUGGACAGUACAUCCUGGAGGAGCGAAACCACACUGAUUCUUUGGGCAAACUCAUGUUACGCUACCCGGCUGCCAACGGGACAUCUUUCAACUGGACAGACAAAUGGAUUGUGGAGUGGGAAAAGUUUGCUGAACUGGCCAAGUAUGAACCAGAGUCGCAGAAGCCCUCAGUGAAGGCUGUCCUCAUUGUGGCUUACGUGGUCAUCAUUGUAAUGUCUCUCUUUGGGAACUCGCUGGUCUGCCAUGUGGUGAUCAAGAACAAGAGGAUGCAUUCGGCCACCAGCCUCUUCAUUGUAAACUUGGCUGUCUCAGACCUCAUGAUCACCCUGCUCAACACACCCUUUACACUGGUUCGGUUUGUGAGCAGCACCUGGGUCUUUGGGAAGACCAUGUGUCACCUCAGCCGCUUCGCGCAGUAUUGCUCUCUCCACGUGUCCACCCUGACCCUGACAGCUAUAGCUCUAGACCGACACCAGGUCAUCCUGAACCCUCUGAAGCCCCGGCUCUCCGUGACAAAAGGAGCGCUGAGCGUUUCUGUCAUCUGGGGGCUGGCUGCCUGCUUCUCGCUGCCCCAUGCCGUCUACCAAAAGCUUUUCCAGUAUAAUUACAGGGAAGCGACUAUCCGGCACUUGUGCAUCCCUGAUUUCCCAGAACCGGCAGAGCUGGUGUGGAAAUACUUGGAUCUUUCCACCUUCCUCCUCCUCUACCUCUUGCCCCUCCUCAUCAUUACUGUCACUUACACACGACUGGCCAAGAAGCUGUGGUUGCGCAAUGCCAUUGGGGACAUAACCACACAGCAAUAUGUUGCCCAUCACAAGAGCAAGAAGAAGAGUAUCAAGAUGUUAGUAUUGGUGGUGGUGGUCUUUGCCAUCUGCUGGCUCCCACUACAUUGUUACGUGCUGCUUGUUUCCAGCCUGAGAAUCCAAACCAAGAACUCACUUUAUUUUGCUCUGCACUGCUUCGCCAUGAGUAGCACAUGCUACAAUCCUUUCAUCUACUGCUGGCUGAAUGAAGGCUUCCGCUCGGAGCUCAAGGCUUUGCUUGCUGUGUGUGGGAAGGUGCCACAGACUCAGGACAACCGGUUUCCAGGGCUGAUCAUGCCAUAUCAGGAGGCAUGGAUGGAGCAGGCGAGGUGCAAGCCAACGGCUUCUUUACAGAGCAUUCGAUCCACCACCAAUGUGGAAACAUUCAACACCGAUUUGUGAAGUAAGCCGGCCAAAGCCAGUCGACAAGUUUUUCUUAGUAGACGUUCACUUAAAAGGAUCAUCCAAAUAAUUUUUUGCCAAAGGAUUCCCAGAGCAUUCCAAGCCUUUAGUUAUUAGCAAUAUAAUAGUUGCUAUUUGUUUCCAAGAGGAAAACCAUUGCAUCCAAACAUGGUAAUUCAUUCCACCUUCCAGAGACUCUAGUGUUAUGGCACAGUUAUGCAGUUUGCAGAGGCGUUCCUCCCAUUGGGCGAAGUGGGUAGCUGCCCAGGCCGCCACUUUGUGGUGGGCGACAAAAUUGCAGGUUCGUUUGUGGGGGAUUUUGUAUUUUCAGAGUUUUUUUCCGUUUUUGGCCUGCAUAGAGCGCAGAUUUUAGGCUAGCAGCACCAAAAUUUCAGGGAU